CAGCCUGCGCCUGCUGUAUCUAGCUAUCUACUGAACUCUGACAGAAGUGACAGUGAGAGAGCAUCGGCCCUCAGGGAACUGUGAGCUUUCCUACUCAGACAACAGAGAGUGAAGAAAGAUCCAGCUUUUUGUUUUUUGUUUUCAAGAACUUUUCACAAACAUCUUUGGCUCUAACCUCAAUUGCUUUGUGGUUUUAGUUGUUUUUUUCCACUCGUGUUUUACAUUUAUUUUCUAAACAUCAUCUGUUGAGAUGGACUCUGAUGCUGGCUCCAACUCCAGCCGCUCCUCAUCUCCAGAUCUGGUGGUGGAUGACUCCAUGGGCAGCUUCUUCUCCAACAAGAUGUUCCAAGCCUACUGCCGGGAGGAGGGGGCAGCCAGGGCCGCUGGGCAGGGCAGGACUGACCGCUGUGCUGGGGGAGGCAAGAGCAAGACCCUCAAAGAGGGUGACGUGCAGGACCUGAGGCUGAAGGUGAACGGCAGGGAGAGGAAGAGGAUGCACGACCUGAACCAGGCCAUGGACGGCCUGAGGGAGGUCAUGCCCUAUGCCCAGGGGCCCUCCGUCCGCAAGCUCUCCAAGAUCUCCACCCUGAUGUUGGCCCGUAACUACAUCCUCAUGCUGUCCAGCUCCCUGGAGGAGAUGAAGAAGCUGGUGGGGGACGUGUAUGGAGGUGGUGGUUCCCAGAGUCGCACUAGCCACCGCCGGAUCAACCCUCCGGCCCCCACAGCUCACCUCCCCCUACACCCCCUGGCCCAGUCCCUGCACUCCCUGGUGGGUAGCACGGCCUCGGCUCUCCACCACCCUUCGCCUCUCGCGGCUCCAGCCCCACACUCACCACCCUCUGCAAGCUACCUGGGCUUCCACCAUGCACCCGUACAGAGCCUGCUGAAAGACCCUCUCCACCUAGCCAGCUCCUACAGGCACUUUCCUGGUAUGCCCUGUCCCUGCUCGCUCUGCCAGCCUCUACCAACCAACGCAUCCACCCUGCAUAGCUUUUCCAUGGGCAAGUGA